CCUCUUGUAUACCCGAAUGUAGGUAAUAAUCUCCCGUUGGUUGGUACUUGGAGGAGGGCCCAAAGCCCUAUCUUUCUACCCGUCUUUUCCUUCUGGCAGUGGCGGAGAGAUUGGAGAUUUCAACACCAAAAUGUGUACUGCUUUGAAAUUGCGCCUCGCUAAUCCCAAAUUCACCUCCUACUCCUCUCUCGGAUCUGUCCCCCGUCGCUGCCUCUACCAUCUCCGCCUUCCAAUUCGACUCCACCCAUGCCUGGCCGUUCACUCGCACUAUGAUUCUGCCGGGCCACCACAAGAAUCAGAACCCUCCUCAAUUUCAUCACAAUAUAUUGCGUCCGUCGGAAUUUCACCGUUUCCUCAUUCUACGCUUCAGCUCUCUCAGUGGAAUUUUACCCAACGCCACAUACUCAUUCUCAAUGUCAUUGCUUGCGCGGUGGCAGUCUCAGCAACUUGGCUUUUUUUCUCCGCAAUUCCAACUCUUCUUGCUUUCAAGAGAGCAGCGGAAUCCCUUGAGAAGCUGAUGGAUGCCACAAGGGAAGAGCUUCCUGAUACAAUGGCUGCCAUUCGUUUAUCUGGCAUGGAGAUUAGUGACCUAACGAUGGAGCUAAGUGAUCUUGGACAAGAGAUAACUCAAGGCGUUAGAAGCUCCACUAGAGCUGUUCGCUUAGCUGAGGAGAGACUUCGCAGUUUGACAAACAUGGCGCCACCAGCUUCAUUGCAGAGGGUAACCAGUCCGAAAACUGAGACAGGAGGGCCAGCCUUGGCUAGGAGUGCAAGGGGCAUGAGGGAAAGCAUCGUAAAAGGUCGAUCAAUCUUGCAAAUGUUUUUCACCAUCGUUCAUUUUUCCAGGAUGGCCUUCAACUAUUUUGCAAAACGAGCUAAGCAGAAGAGCCAAAGCCCAAAUGCAUGACUCUUCUGGUGAGAAUUUCAAAUUUGCUUUCUGUACAUAUCCAUUUUUGCAUCUAACUUUUGAUAUUCCAGUUGGGUUGCUGAUGAAUUUUACUAUUUUGGGGUGUGAGGCAAUGAGACAAUAUGGGCCUGCUAGGUGAAGGAGAAAUUGAUAGAAUAGGCUUCUUGGUUUCCUCUUAUGUUGUGUUUGCAUGUGAUUCACAUUAGCUUUGUCUUAGAUGUACCCACAGAACUUGGUCACCGAGAGAAAUUUUCCUUCAGGUGUUUCUCGUCUGUGAAAUAACAUUUCAGUUGAAUGAAAGCUAUACAGAUGGUUUUGAA